UUGACUAAGGCCCAUUACAGGUUCAAUGAUCCGGAUCUUGGUUCUCCACUGGCCCCUUGUCCUGUCACUCACUCUCCUGCCCUUCAACUCUAUGGGGACACAUUUAUAAAGCUCCGCUCGCUCACCGAUGCUUUCUCUGUGAACUUAAUAAACCACUACUGGACUUGUAGGUUUUUUUCCAUGGCAGAGAACAAGCCAUACCGCUAUGGGCUCAUCGUUCUGGGAAUGGCGUUCGUGGCUUUGGGUCUGUUCACGAUUUCUGUAGAGGAGCCACAGGUGUUUGCUACGUUCUGCGCUGCGGGACUCAUAAUGGUGGUCGUUGGGUCUGUCUGGUCGGUGUGUCAGUGUUACCCCAGGGUGACCGUUAUACUGCCAGACAAGGAAGAACUCUGUGGGGCUGAAAAACAGGACUUGAGUGCUGGAAGCGCAGAUGAGAAAAGUACAACAAAACCGAUAAGAGCUCCCUUGGCUGGCUUCUGUGACGAUGAAGUAGAAAUAUCAUCAGAUCCAAAGCGACACGCAGAGAGCAGACCCGGCGAGCGCGUUCUCGUCCUCCACACAUGUCGAAGUUCUCCCAGCGUUCUGGCCUGCUCCAGCGCUCCCCUGAUGGACCCCAGCAGAGAGAUGUACUACGGGAGAGUGGAGGACACACGUUAUCACACAUCUGAGCUGGAGAGUGAAUAGCCGGUGCUGACCCUGAUGUCCAUCUGCAUCUGACACCAAACGAGAUUGGCCAGACACCUAUACUAGUCAUGCAUUUUUUUUAAAUUUGUGUAUUAACAUCGUAUUUUACAUUAUGCUGUUAAGCAUGUGAAUGUCACAAGGUCUGGCCAUGACUUUGUCAAAAGCGCAAGACAACAGAAUCGUUCAGCUCUCAGGGGAGCAAAGCAUUAGGUGAUUAAAUACUUGUGACCUUGACUUCUGUCACCGUGAAGACCAGAGGACACUGAAAGGGGACUCCUUUUCACUGAGCUUUCACAGUCUUUAAACACUACGACAAAGCAUAAAGACAAAAUGACUAUACUGUAGAUUCGCUCAAGUUAAUUUAACAGAAAUAUAAAUGCAUCUAGAAGCGUCAGAAAACUUAUCAAUGAACAAAUGUAUACGUUCUGUUUGUUUACCUGGACAUCUGCAAAGUGGUCUGUAGAUAUGCUGUUGCUAGUUUUUUUUUAGUUUUUUUUUUGCCAUAUCCAACUUUUGUAAUGAGCUUUGGGUAUUUUCUAUCCUCUAAACCUAAAUAUGAGACUUGCCAACAUUUCUGCAUUUUUAAAUGUUCAUGCAGACGUGUUUUAGGUCAUUAAAUGAAUGAAUGAAUAAAUAAAUAACUACCUAUAUCUAACUACUCAUGUUUAUACGAUCCACAGAAAAAAAAUAUCCAGUUUUUGAACAACAUAGGCUGAAUAA